AAUUGUCAACCACUUAACCACUAUAUAACCGAUAGUAAACCGGAUUUUCUAAUUCUAAUUCCAAAAUUAAUUUAGUAAUCAUGCAAAUUGAAUUUAAUUAAGGGUUGGCUGUAUAAAUCACCCUAUACUUAUAGCACUAAAGUGGAAUCCCCCCAAACUAUUAAUCUCUUCACUAUACACCCCAGUCUAUUAAUUUCUUAACAAUUCCACAUAUCUAAUUAAAUCCUAAAUGACGUUUACUAAACCAUUAAUCGCGUUUCACUGUACCACGUUUAGAUUAAUCUACUUGUAAAACGUUGACCACACUUUAAUUAGACCUUCUUAGUGAGAAAGAGGGUUUCAAAUUAAACCCUAAAUAUUUCUUUUGUCAAAUCGUUUUGAUUCACUUCUUCUCGUUUUGGUUCGUUGUUGUUGAAGCCAAUCAGCCAUCUUCGGAAGUUUUAGAGAUUAGAGUCAUCGCCGUGAUUUUUCUCCAGGUCUGAUUGGUUUCUCUGCAUUGAUUUUCUUUAAUGUUUCAUUGCAAUUGUUUGACUAUCUAUGAAUAUGCUUGAGAUAGUUACGUCAACGUUUUUUUUGUUUUUGGAUUCUGGGUUUUAAUGUUUACAUAUACUAGUUAAAAUUCAUCUACUUAACUAGUUUUCUUAGCUCUUCAUGAUCAUGCUCUGAAAACGUCAUUCAGUUUCUAGUGUUUUCAUCUAACAUAAUUUUCAUCAUCACCUUGAUUUCUAGUGUAUCUUCUCUGUUCAAUAGGGAUUGCAGCAACUUAUUAAAGGAAUUUAAGGAAAACGUAGGGAUUGCGGCAACUCCGAAAGAAAUGACUGACGAAGUAGAAAUUGAUCCAGAGGAUAUGCUUUAUAAUGAGAGUGAUGAGUCUAGUGAUGAAGAGAGUGACAAAAGACGUGAUGAGGAGGGUGACAAAGGACGUGAUGAGGAGGGUGACAAAGGGAGUGAUGAAUCUAGUAAUGAAGAGAGUGAUAAUGUGAUUGCAGAUGAAGAAGAACAUGAAGAUAAUGGGGAAAAGAAGACUAGAAAAGGUAAAAAGAAGGAAGAGGAGAGUGAAGAUGUAUUGGAGCGUGAUGAGUAUGAAGUGCAGGAAUCAGUAGCCAAAUUUGUUGAUGAGAUUAGAAUUGCCCGAAAUACAAUCCCAGAAAGCUCAGAUGAAGAUGAGGAUCCGAUUGUGGUGAGAGAUAGAAGAAUCAAAAGGGGAAGAGGAAGUGAUAGAUUCGCAAUUGGAGAUGCUUUCUUAACCGGUGUUGAGUUCAAAGAAGCUAUUUUGGACUACGCAUUGAAAACAGGACAGAAUGUGGUUCAAGAAAGGUGGGAGAAGGACAAAAUUUCGUUUAAAUGUGGGAUGAAUGGAAAAUGCUUGUGGAGGGUUUAUUGCUCUUAUGAUGAGCCGAGGCAACUGUAUUUGGUGAAGACAGUUUAUGCAUGGCAUAGUUGUACUCCUAAUGGGAAGUGUAAAAUAUUGAAAAGCCCUGUAAUUGGAAGACUAUUCUUGGACAAGCUGAGAAUAAAUGACAAGUUCAUGCCUGCUGAUAUUCAAGAGAAUAUCAAAGAUAAAUGGAAAAUUGUGUCUUCAAUACAUCAAUGCCAAAGAGGAAGACUUCUUGCUCUGAAAUGGAUUGACCAAGAGUAUGCCGAACAAUUUGCUCAUCUUCGAGGGUAUGUCCAAGAGAUACUCAAUGAAAAUAAGGGAUCAACAGCAUUCAUUGAAACAUAUCCAAAUGCAGCAGGUAAAGAUGUGUUCAACAGAUUUUAUGUCUGUUUUGACAUACUCAAAAAGUUAUGGGCAGGUAGUUGUAGGCCUAUAAUUGGGCUUGAUGGCACAUUCUUAAAGGUUGCUGUUAAAGGAGUCCUCUUAACUGCCGUGGGACAUGAUGCAAAUAACCAAAUCUAUCCAGUUGCAUGGGCUGUGGUACAGUCAGAAAAUUCGGAUAAUUGGUUGUGGUUUGUCACACAAAUUAAGAAAGACUUAGGUUUAGAUGAUGGUAGUCGAUUUGUCAUAAUAUCAGAUCGAUCAAAGGUUAUUUAUGCUCUUAUGUUCUGUUAUUCUUUUUGUUCAGUAUUUUUUUUUACUUUCUACUCAAUUAAAUAACAGUUUCCCUUCAUAUUUUGUAGGGUCUCCUUAGUGCAGUGAAAACUGAAUUGCCAAAUGCUGAACACAGAAUGUGUGUUAAGCAUAUCGUAGAGAACUUGAAGAAGAACCAUGCCAAAAAAGACGAGCUAAAGACAUUAGUGUGGAAGCUAGCUUGGAGCUAUAAUUCAAAGGAGUUCAAGAUCAAUCUUGACAAUUUGAGAAGGUAUGAUUUGGCAUUGUACAAUGAUGUGAUGAAAGAGCAACCACAAACUUGGUCAAGGGCUUUUUACAGACUUGGUAGUUGUUGUGAGGAUGUUGAUAACAAUGCUACUGAGUCAUUUAACUCUACCAUCACCAAAGCUAGAGCAAAGUCAUUGGUUCCAAUGUUGGAAACCAUAAGAAGGCAAGGCAUGGAACGCAUAACUAAGAGGAAUAAGAAAGCAAAUAAGCAUCAAGGGAGAUUUUCAGAGUAUGUAGUUGAUAUUUUGGCAUUAGAGAAGCCAGUUGCUGAACGGUGUAAAACAUGGCGUUGCACCCAUGGGAUAUUUGAGGUGUUUAUAGAUGGAAAUUCUCAUAAAGUGGAUAUGCAGAAUAAAACAUGUUCAUGCGGCAAGUGGCAAAUAACUGGGAUUCCUUGUGAGCAUGCAUAUGGUGCGAUGAUUGAUGCUGGUUUAGAUCCCGAAAAUUAUGUCUCUUUGUUCUUCUCGACUGAUCUCUGGAGAGAUACUUAUGAGAGAGCCACCAAUCCAUUAAGAGGUCCAAAAUACUGGAUGAAUUCAAGUUACAGGUUAGUAGUUGCACCUCCAGAACCUGAACUUCCUGGAAGAAAGAAAAAGACAAAGAAAAAGAGUUUUCAAAGGAUAAAAGGAAAAAAUGAGUCGCCAAAGAAGAAGAAAAAGAAGAAAGAAGUGGAAAAACUUGGGAGAGAAGGGCGCAUCAUCCACUGUAAAAGCUGCGGUGAAGCUGGACACAAUGCAGCUGGUUGUAAGAAGUUUCCAAAGGAGAAGGUGAAGAGGAAAAGGAAGGCAAAGAAAAUUCCAUAUGAUGAGGUAAUUUAUGAGUGAUUUAACAUCUUAUUUGUUGGUUUGCUAAUGGAAUGAUUGGUAUUCGUCUCAGUUUCCAAACAAGAAGGCUAAAUUGGACAAGACGGAAAAGAAGGCUAAGAUGGACAAGACGGAAAAGAAGGCAAAGAAAGCUAAGAAGGAUAAGAAAGCACAUGGAUUUCAUGAGGUAAUUAUUGUUCGGUAUUGAUAUUGUUUUAACAUUUUGUAUUGGUCCCAUUUUUGACAUUAAUCCAUAUUGCAGGUUGGUGCUUCGUCUAGUCAAGUUCCUGAAACAAUCUCACUCACACAGCCAACACAAAUGACGAAAGGAACACAAACAAGCAAUGAUGCUGUGGUUUAGGAGUCAACUUAUGCAUUAUUUUUUUUAUUUUUUUGCAUGUUCUCUAUACUCGUGACAUGUAAAACGUUUCAUAACGAAUGUUUUCUUUUCAUGAAUAAGUUAAUUUUAUUUAAUUGUUGUUAUUUGGAAAACCUCUUUAUCAAUAAAAAUAUC